GGUUGCGGUGAGGCUGCGCGAGGCUGGACGAGGCUGGGCGGAGCAUGGUGAGGGUGCACAGUGACAGCGACAGGCUGGGUGAAGCUGCGGGAGCAACGAGGAGCCUGCGGCCAUACAAGAGCGAAGGGGAGAAGGCGGGGAACGCGAGGCGGGGCGAAGAGGAGGACAGACAGACCGUGAUCACGAGUCUUCGAGCCCGCCCAGUGCGUGUGCGCAACAGCCUAGCCGCGCGCAGCUGCGCUUUUCUCCACUGCCGGCUUCUCGGAGAACCAGGAUCUUGUGCUGUGAAGAUGUUUCCAAAGUGCCUCUUGUUAACCAGCAGCUCAGACCCACAAGGCCUGGGAAAAGAAGACUGCUAGGUUGUGGAAGGGUGGUCUUGUCCUGUUCAGUAACUCCCUGCACUGUGGACCUGGGACAGACUUGGUAUUCUCCAUGGCACACCGACUGCCCAUCCGUCUACUCACCUGGGAUGUGAAGGACACGCUGCUCAGGCUCCGCCGCCCUGUAGGGGAGGAAUAUGCUGCCAAGGCCCGGGCACACGGGCUGGAGGUGGAGGCCACAGCUCUGGAACAAGCCUUUGGGCAAGUAUACAAGGCUCAGAACCACAGGUUCCCCACCUAUGGCCUGAGUCGUGGCCUCACCUCCCGCCAGUGGUGGCAGGACGUGGUCCUGCAGACCUUCCAAAUGGCAGGUGUCCCAGAUGCCCAGGCAGUAGCCACCAUCGCUGACCAGCUGUACGAGGACUUCAGCAGUCCCUGCACCUGGCAGGUAUUGGAGGGGGCUGAGACCACCCUAAGGAGGUGCCGAAAGCGGGGUCUGCGGCUGGCAGUGAUCUCAAACUUUGACCGACGGCUAGAGGAUGUCCUGGUGGGUCUGGGCCUACGGGAACAUUUUGACUUUGUGUUGACCUCUGAGGCUGCCGGCUGGCCCAAGCCAGACCCCCGCAUUUUCCAGAAGGCCUUACAGCUUGCUCAUACAGAACCAGCCGCAGCAGCCCAUGUUGGGGACAGUUACCGCUGUGAUUACCAGGGGGCUCGGGUUGUAGGCAUGAACAGUUUCCUGGUGGUUGGUCCAGAGCCUCUGGACCCCAUGAUCAGAGAUUCUGUACCUGAAGAACAUAUUCUCCACUCACUCUCCGAUCUCCUGCCUGCCCUUGACCAGGGUUCAGCUCCUGGGCCAUGAGUCUGGGGAGGAAGUUGGCUGGGCCUAAACAAACACCAUAUGUGGACUGGGCCCCUCCCUGUGCAGCCAUAUAACUUGUUCUGAUUAUAAAGGAGUGAGGGCUGAGCUUGGAGUCUUGCCCCACUAACCAGCCACAUGUCUCUGAGCUUGCUCGUUCUCAUUCACACCUGUGGCCCUUUCCUACCAUGAGCCUCCCUCACCUCACCCACGUUCACUUUUGAGGGCUAGGC